AUGGCCGUACUCAGCACUCAGACGUCUCCAUCGAGGCUGCUGGCUUUGCCUGCCGAAUUGACCUGUAUGAUCAGUGCCUUUAUCAUGACAGAUCUUUCGUACAGGCACAUCCCGGAGUAUGCCACGCAUGUGCAAAGACGAGUAUCCUGGCACCGAUGCAAGAAGUCGUUCGAGAAACUCAAGAAAGCUGUCAGUCUGAUUUGGGUGAACAAGCGUUUCCGCGACCAGGCCAUGCCGUUGCUCCAGAACAAUCUGGUCGUGUAUGUGAACAUGAUUGUGGCCAGAACGCAUAGUGAUCCUGCAAGGAUGCCGAAGUUCCCACUCCUUGUUAGAGAACGGGCGACGAGGCUUUUCGACAUUGAACACGCAUGGCUUGGGGCUCGGACCUUUGUGACUUAUUUUCAACCACUUCUGCAUGAACUCCUAGCUCUAGAGCACCUUAUCUGGAUCGUUAAGCCUGACCCUCGACCUCUACCAAACAUGGAAGAUUUGGUUGAUCUACUGCGCGGAGAUAGGGAUCAGUCCAUCAUGAGACGUUUACCGAAAAAGGAUGACUAUCGAGAAGCAAAUGGUGCGCUACCACGUUGCGCCGUAACCACCAGGAUGAUCAUCGGCGCAAAAAUAACUGGCGACUAUGUGGCUGGUGAGUACGAAACUGGUUACAUAGACAUCCUAUAUCGCAUGGUAAACUUGUCAGACCACGAGGAUGACCCCGAAUGGUAUCCAGCCAAAGAAGUCUGUCUGAUGGUUGAAAACGUCUGCUUUCCUGUGCUCUACCACAUUCCAAGUGGUGAUCGACGAGCUCUGGUUGGGAUUUGGCCCUGGUUCGCCUCCCGUCGUGUGUAUGCGGAGGCUGAAGAAGAAUUUGGCAAUUUGCUCUCCAGGGACCAAAUUGGGGACAACCAUGCAGUAUCAGAACUCGACGAUGAGGACGGCGAGGACAAUGCGAUUGUGACUGACAUGGAGGAUGACGAAGAGAAUCAUGAGGAGGAAAGUGAAUAUGGAGAGGAGGAUGCAGAGCUAAGCACGUCAGUUCCCAAGCGAGUGCUCAGCCUAGCAGAACAAGUUGGAGAUGACCUAGAUGACGGAAUCUUCCUCGAAAGAGCAUUGCAGACGGCACAAAGGCUGUGA